AUGUGUAGGGUACGACGAGUAUUCUACUCGUGCCUGCACGAGGACUACGACGUGACGCCUCCGCGGGCCAUCCUGUACUGCAGCUGGGCCGUCCCUAACGUGGGCAGCAGCUCCAGCAGCGGCGUGCGGCCGUGUGCGAGCGUCCAGGUACUCCCGCUCACGGACCGGGACGACGUCUUCGCGGGCAUCGUGCGCUCGGUGCCGUGCGAUGUCUGUGCCGGCUUGCCCGGUCCCGGCAACGAUGGUACUACUUACUACCGGAACCCGUGGUUGGUGCCGCCGAUGGUAGCAGCGGAAGCCGCUGAAGCUGAGGCCGGACCAGAAGUAGAGAGCAAUGAGCCGGUCGGACAGGAGUCAGCUAGUCAUGACGACAAUGACGUUGAUAUCGACACUUUGCUUGAGAGGCUUGACGCUGCUAGCCUCCAGGAUGAACUCGACGUGUUCGACUUCGCGUGGGAUGGGGACAACCGUCAAGUAGCAGAGUCGGCCGGCAUAGAGGACGCAAGCAACGCAACUGGUAACCCGACUGACAACGGACAGCCCAUCGGAACGCCCGGAUCUGGCGAGGGACCUUUCUAUUCCAACGGAGAGACAGAUCUCAACCAGGAGAUCCAAUCCGCUACUAGGGAACUACAGGAUCUACAACUCUACGAUGAACAGGAGGAGGGGCAGGAGUUUGCCGAUGAGCUGAACGAGAUCGGUAGUGACACAGGCAAAGAAACGUCGACAUAA